GGUAGGGGCGGAUGGUGGUGCUGUGGAAGUAGUAGCAGGAGUCAAUCUUGCAACACAAAUCAUUGUCCAGUCAAUGGUGGUUGGAGUGAGUGGAGUCCCUGGAGUAUCUGCACUAAAACAGUCAGUGGCAUACAAAUAAGGUUUAGAGAAUGUUCCAAUCCAGAACCAGCAUAUGGCGGGGAACAUUGUAAUGGGAGCAGAGCACUUGUAAGGGAAUGUAACAAAAUGUCCAGCUGCCACGAAGUAUUUCCACUGCACUUUAAAACGGAGAGCAACCCAUCAGUUGGUACAAUGGAAAUCCAUACAAACAGCAGCUGGAAAAAGCUUUGCACCAGUACGUGGAAUAAAGUUGAAGUAGAUUUGACAUGCAUGGCAAUGGGAUACUCUAACAGCAGUGAUUAUGGUAGAUGGUAUGAAGACAGUGGCAAUGUAUCAGAGACAUCUACUAAUUUCAACUGCACCACCACUUUGACUAAAUGUGAAGAAAGCUUCUCAAACAAACUGCAAUUCUGCAAAGUUCCCGUUCGCUUGAAUGGUGCAAAUGUAGAGUAUGGUGGUAGAGUGGAAGUAUUUUACAAAGGGAAAUGGGGAAAAAUUUGUACCAAUGGAUGGGAUUUCAAUGAUGCCCAAGUUAUUUGCCGUCAACUCGGCUUUGAAGAGGCUCUUGCUGAAUUCAUUGGCUCAAACGUAGAGGAUGGAAACAUUACUUCUGUAAUGGUGGAUGUUUCCUGCAAUGGAGAGGAGGUAGAACUUGCAUCUUGUGCACGCACUGAUGGAAAGUUAAAUGUCCCUGGUCAAUGUCGAGGAGAUGGCAAAGGUUCUCAAGCACUGUGUCAACCAAAGAACAAAGAAGUAUUGGGAAAAGAGAAUCUUUACUUUGAUAUUGGCAAUGAAAUCCUUCACUGCUCAAUACGUAACAAAACCAGUUUUGCGAGAUGGGUCAUUAAUGGUCAAAAGGUGCAAGGGAUGAAUUCUUCUUCUAAGAGGGUCAAGACCACAGAAGAUGGUAAACUGGUCAUAGAAAAUGUGCAGUUGUCUGAUGGAGGAACAUAUGAAUGCCUCAGACUGGAAUAUGUUCAGUAUUACACGGUUUACAUUAAUG